AGCAGAGGACUCUGCAAAAGUCUUACAAACCUGAUCUUCUCAUAUCCAAACUCUUAUUAGCCGACCAAACCAAAAGCAACACAAAAAACAGAACUCACUACUCUUUCUUUCUUUCUCUCUCUCUCUCUCCAUGGACUUGCACUGGAAGCAAUGGAGAAAUCAGCAGGAGUCAGAGCAACAACAACAUUCCCCAAACACGCCAAAAUUUCUCCCUCAACACCAUCCACCACCUGCCUCUGCACCACUCUCUCUCUUUCUACCUCAACCCACCACUCUGCCAUCGUUUUCUGAUUCCACCCUUACUUCUUCUGCACCUCCCAGAUUUCCCAGGAUCGAGAGUUGUUUCAGCUUUGCACAGUGGCAAGAGCUUGAGUUGCAGGCUCUGAUAUUCAGGUACAUGCUGGCCGGUGCUCCUGUUCCUCCUCAGCUGCUUCAACCAAUCAAGAAAAGCUUCCUUCAUUCCCCUCUCCCUUUCCUUCAUCUUUAUCACCCUCCUUUGUUGGAAUCAGGGUACUAUUGGGGAAGAGAAGCAGUGGAUCCGGAGCCAGGGCGGUGCCGGAGGACGGACGGGAAGAAGUGGCGGUGCUCGAGGGAGGCGGUGGAGGGUCAGAAGUACUGCGAGCGGCACAUGCAUCGUGGCCGAAACCGUUCAAGAAAGCCUGUGGAACAACCUCAUGCAUCUUCUUCUCCAUCCUCUGCUUCCUUCAAACAUCAUCAUCUCCAUCACCACAAUCAAAUUUCCUCUGGGGCCAAGGCUGACAGCAAGAGCUUGUCUGAAAACCGUGAUCAUGUGGAUGGGGAUGGCAGAUCUGAUAGCCAUGUCCUGAGGCAUUUCUUCGAUGAUUGGCCAAAGACAGUGCAAGAAGAAGAACAUGGUGAAAGCAAUGGUAGCAAGAACAACAACACUGGAACAUAUCUUUCGAUGUCAACACAAGGAAUCACUUCCUCGGAUGUGUCAUUGAAACUGUCCACUGGUCAUGCAGAGAAUACAUGCCACGUGGGUUCAGUUGGAGGACCACUUGCAGAGGCACUGCGAUCAUCCACCGCCACUUCUUCACCAACCAGUGUUCUGCUGCAGUUGCCAACUACUUCUGCUUGCGACACCAGCGUCAUCAGCACCUAAGAGUUGCUGGGGUUUGUGAGAUUUUUUUGUUACUUUGGAGAAUUCUUGGACAUGUAUGCUGCAAAUAGUUUUUGUUACUUUGGAGAAUUUUUUGGCAUGAUAAUAACUAAGGAGAAUAGUUUGAGUCCUCUCAGCUGAGUGAAUAAGCAACUUUACCAAUUUCAUGAAUGUAAAAAAUUCUAAUGGUAUGAGUAAUAAUAGUUUCUGAUUAAAGAAUAAGACUACAAAUGUUUGACACAGCGUUUGGGUUGGACUUUCAGAAAAAUAUAUAGAAAACGUAAA